CCACCGACAACGCCGCCAAUUCUUUGAAUCCCGAGUCACCGUAGGUUCAAGGACAAUCAAAAUGGCGAACAACAGAGUUCAAUACCGCAGACGGAACCCGUACAACUCGCGGUCCAACAAGGUCCGCGUCAUCCGCACCCCCGGCGGCGACCUUCGUUACCUCCACAUCAAGAAGAAGGGCACUGCUCCCAAGUGCGGUGACUGCGGCAUCAAGCUCCCUGGCGUCCCUGCCCUCCGCCCCCGCGAGUACUCCCAGAUCUCCCGCCCCAAGAAGUCCGUCAGCCGUGCCUACGGUGGCUCUCGCUGCGCUGGCUGCGUCAAGGACCGCAUUGUCCGCGCCUUCCUGAUCGAGGAGCAGAAGAUCGUCAAGAAGGUCCUCAAGGAGUCCGAGAAGGCUGGCAAGCGCUAAAUCAACCCCGUCUGUCUUCCUACUGCUCGGUGUUGUGUUAUUUUUGUUCUCGUGGGAGCGCAAUGAUUACGGAAAAGGAAAUUCCGGCUGGGAAUAGUUCACUUUAGAAAAAAAAAACCCCUCCAUCAUUCAAAAAGAUGACCAGAAACGGGCGACCAAUGAAUCCAGUCUUCAUUGUCGCUCAAUGA